AUGAAUUCUUCCAAUAUUUCUCUGGCCCUUCAUCAUCUAUUUUUCUUAGUGUUCAUUUUCAUUCAUAGAGCUCAAGCACAAGUUCUAACCAAGCAGAAGAUUUCUAACACCUCAGUCUCAGCCUUAUUUGUGUUUGGAGAUUCUUCUGCUGAUUCUGGAAACAAUAACUUCAUAUUGACACUGGCUAAAGCCAACUUCCAACCUUAUGGUAGAGAUUUUGUCGACCACAAACCAACCGGAAGGUUUUCCAAUGGCCGGCUUGUUAGUGACUUUAUCUCUUCAUAUUUAGGUUUUGAAAAGUACCCAGCUCCCUAUGUAGAUCCGAUGCUUAGCAUGGAAGACAUGGAGACUGGAGUUUGUUUUGCCUCUGCUGGCUCAGGAUAUGAUCCUCUUACGCCAAUUCUAAAUUAUACCAUCAUCUUGGCCAACAGAUUAUGGGGUAAUGAUGAUGACGUCCUAUUCUCAAAUAUGUUCAUAAAGCUUACAAAGUUGAUAAUGAUCUAA